AUGGUCACCUCGGGUCCCGUCCGCGUGCUCACGGAGCGCAUCAUGAGCCGCGGCUUCGAGCCGACCGUCCACCGCAUGAUGGAGCGGGUCAAGGCGACGGUGCGUCGGCAGCCGGGCCUCAUCUCGGUCGAGACCAUGAGCGACAUGGACGACCACCACAAGUACAUCGUCAUGUCUGAGUGGCGGAGCCGUCGUGACUACGAGGCGUGGGAGAAGAGCGAGGACUUUAAGCAGUGCACGGCCAAGAUCCACGAGCUCCUCGACAUGCCGGGCAAGAAGACGCGCGUCUUUGAGCGCCCGAAAGACGAUGUCUUUCUCUUGUAA